CAGAGGAGAAUCGGUCUUAAAGGGCCAGCCUACACGCGUCCCUUUGUUCGGGGCUGCCGUCCCUUUCCUCUCCUUGUCCACUCCGCAGAACGGCCAUGAUUUCCCAGUUCUUCAUUCUGUCCUCCAAGGGGGACCCACUCAUUUACAAGGACUUCCGCGGGGACAGUGGAGGCCGGGAUGUGGCCGAGCUCUUCUACCGGAAGCUGACGGGACUGCCUGGAGAAGAGUCCCCGGUUGUCAUGCACCACGAUGACCGGCAUUUUGUUCACAUCAGACACAGUGGUCUCUAUUUGGUGGCCACGACUUCAGAAAACAUUUCUCCUUUCAGCCUCCUGGAGCUGCUCUCUCGGUUAGCCACCCUCCUGGGCGAUUACUGCGGCUCCCUGGGAGAGGGGACCAUCUCCCGCAACGUGGCCCUUGUCUAUGAACUCCUGGAUGAGGUGUUGGAUUAUGGCUAUGUGCAGACCACAUCCACAGAGAUGCUGAGGAACUUCAUCCAGACCGAGGCUGUGGUCAGCAAACCCUUCAGCCUCUUCGAUCUCAGCAGCGUGGGCUUGUUUGGGGCUGAGACACAGCAGAGCAAAGUGGCCCCCAGCAGUGCAGCCAGCCGCCCCGUCCUGUCCAGCCGUUCUGACCAGAGCCAAAAGAAUGAAGUGUUUUUGGAUGUGGUUGAGAGACUGUCCGUACUGGUAGCAUCUAAUGGCUCACUGCUGAAGGUGGAUGUGCAGGGGGAGAUCCGACUCAAGAGCUUUCUUCCCAGUGGCUCUGAGAUGCGCAUUGGCUUGACAGAAGAAUUUUGUGUGGGGAAGUCGGAACUGAGAGGUUAUGGGCCAGGAAUUCGGGUGGAUGAAGUCUCAUUUCACAGCUCAGUGCAACUGGAUGAAUUUGAGUCUCAUCGAAUACUCCGCUUGCAGCCACCUCAGGGCGAGCUGACUGUGAUGCGGUACCAACUCUCAGAUGAUCUCCCCUCCCCACUUCCCUUCCGGCUCUUUACCUCUGUGCAGUGGGACCGAGGCUCAGGCAGGCUCCAGGUUUAUCUGAAGUUACGAUGUGACUUGCCCCCAAAGAGCCAGGCUCUCAAUAUCAGGCUUCAUCUUCCCCUGCCUCGAGGGGUGGUCAGCCUGUCUCAGGAGCUGAGUAGCCCAGAGCAGAAGGCAGAGCUAUGGGAUGGAGCCCUUCGCUGGGACCUGCCUCGGGUGCAAGGAGGCUCUCAGCUCUCAGGCCUUUUCCAGAUGGAAGUCCCAGGUCUGCCCGGGCCUCCUGGUCAAGGACAUUCCACCUCAGCUCCUCCUCUGGGGCUGGGCCCUGCGAGCCUCUCCUUUGAACUUCCCCGGCACACGUGCUCCGGCCUCCAGGUUCGCUUCCUCAGGUUGGCAUUCAGACACUGCAGCAAUGCCAACCCCCACAAGUGGGUGCGACACCUAAGCCACAGUGAUGCUUAUGUCAUUCGGAUCUGAGGCUCCCCAAACAAGGACAUGGACAGAAAAGACGGUGGCCUGUGGUUCAGGAGGAGGAUGAUACUGUCUUCUCCAUCCUUCUGGCCUGUGAUUAUGGAUCUGGCUGGAAGAGACCCAAGUCCUAGAGACCAGGAGGGCUCAACAGGUUAGAUCCUUCCAUUGUAUCGGACACAGGCAGGACUGAGGUGAAUCAGAACUUAUAAAUCAAACUUUUAUUAUGA